AUGGCCCCCAAGGGAAAACCGUCUAAGAACGUAGAAGCAAAGCCAUCUAAAAAGUCAUCUGAAAAGGUCAAGGGAAAGCCGUCUGGAAAGCUGUCUGGAAAGCUGUCUGGAAAGCUAGGACCAGUGGCAACACCACCACCACAGCCUGUUGUUCUUCCCAUUGGAGUAAAGUGCUACUGGAUCGCCAUUGUGCUCUUCAUGGUGGUGAGUCUGGCCGGAGUGAUUCUAAUGCUCCAAAAAUAUACGAAGCUGAAGCAAAUGAAGACGCCGUAUGAUGCACCAUUUCAAGUCCUGAGGACGGAUUUGGCAACUAUACUCGAGCGUCCAGACAUUGAACAUGGUGACCCCCCUGCAAUAGCCACGGAGGUCGAGAACCUGCCCAACGUCAUCCAGUCUGAGCAUGACAACUUCGGAGAAAAGAAAAAAAAAUACCAAACACUUUUACUUAAAGCCAUGAGAAGUUCUUCUGGCCCUUGGAAGCUUCGUGGAAUGAAGCUCUAUUACUUUUCCGAAGAAGCAAAAACCUGGUACGAUGCGGAGAACUUCUGCCUUUCCAGAGACGCACAUUUGGCUUCUAUCCUCAACGCCGAGGAGCAGAAUUUCAUCCGUUCCGAACUUCAGAACAAUUCCUGGAUCGGCCUUAGAAUUAAAAACGAGGACGGUGUUUGGGGAUGGUCCGACGGCUCCAAACUUGUGACACGGUGA